AUGAAGUACAUCCAUUCCGAGGAACUGCUCGAAAUCCCCGAGGGGGUCAAGGUCGCCAUCAAGACCAGGAAUGUCGUCGUUGAGGGUCCCCGAGGAAAAUUGACCAAGUCUCUCGGUCACUUGGCCGUCUCCUUCUCUCACCCCAAGAAGAACCUCAUCAAGAUCGAGCUCCACCACGGAUCGCGCAAGAGCGUCGCCACUCUCCGAACUGUCCGCACCUUGAUCAACAACUUGAUCAUCGGUGUCACCAAGGGAUACAAGUACAAGAUGCGAUACGUCUAUGCCCAUUUUCCCAUCAACGUCAACGUUGAGAAGAACAAGGAGACCGACCAGUUCGAGGUUGAAAUCAGGAACUUCAUUGGCGAGAAGAUCGUCCGAAGGAUCACCAUCCGACCUGGUGUCGACGUUGAGAUCUCCGCAAACCAGAAGGAUGAGCUCCAGCUCCUCGGAAACUCCCUCGAGGACGUUUCCCAGUCCGCCGCCGACAUCCAGCAAAUCUGCAAAGUCCGAAACAAGGAUAUCCGAAAGUUCUUGGACGGUCUGUACGUGUCGGAGCGGGGCAACAUCGUCGAGGACGAGUAA